AUGGAAAAUCCAGGAAUGACCGGAGCGGGAGCUCUACUUGGUCACGGCGGCCGAAUAGCAAACGAAAUGGGCCAACGUGAGAAGAUGCUCAAUCAUGUUGAAACCACAAAGCACAAGCACAUUCGACAACUGAGUACUGAAGAACAGCAGGUAUCAAUACCAUGUAUCUCCAAUACCAUUGAAAUUCGAGAUGAAUGGCAUGGAGCGAGCGGACUGCGACUGACAGAGGUGCGCAUCGCCCACCACACGGUGCGAGGCAACGCGACUGUGCUCGAGUGUGAGUUCGACCUCCAGGGCGAGACACUCUACUCGGUCAAGUGGUACAAGGAUGGCAACGAGUUCUACCGCUACGUCCCCAGGGACAAUCCGCCCGCUCAGGUCUUCCCGCUGCCAGGCGUGCAUGUCGAUGUUGACAAAUCGAACGAGAGUCGAGUGACUCUGCGGAAGCUAUCACUGGCCAGUACUGGCCGCUACAGAUGCGAAGUGUCGGCUGAGGCUCCCUCCUUCCAGACUGUUUCCGAUCACGGCGACAUGGUUACUGUCGCUCUGCCAGAGGAAGGUCCUCGUAUCACCGGAGGGAGACCCAGGUACCAGGUGGGGGACACGGUUCGCCUCAACUGCACCUCAGGAAGGUCCAAGCCGGCCGCUCAUCUCACCUGGUUCAUCAAUGGCGAUCAGGUCAAGGUGAACAGCUCGUACCUGCGAGGUCCGUACAUGCACUACUCGGGCAGAGAGGGGCUGGAGACGACGACACUGGGCCUGGAGUUCAGGGUGGACACGCGGCACUUCCACCGCGGCGACAUGAAGCUCAAGUGCCUGGCCACCAUUGCCACCGUCUACUGGAACUCCAACGAGGAGAGUGUGGAGGGCGAUCGCCAGCAGAAGCCGCCUGCACUCGAGGUCAAGGACACGCAGCAGGGCAGUUCCAAAGCAUUCCGCGUUCAAGCAGUUGCAACGGGCACCUUCACAGAGACAAGUUUCCGCAGUGCUUGCAACCUGCUCACCUUCCUAUUGCUGCACCUCUACGUCAUCCCGUGUGUGUCGUCGGCUGCGAGGUAGCAGUGAACGCAUCCCCUGCGCCUCACCUGUCAACUAUCAAAGACUUUCGGACAUAUCACGCAUCUUCCUCUUGUCGUCAACAAAAAAUGAGUGUGAAAGUUGAAUAAUUGUAA